AUGCCUACUCAGUUCUAUCGCCGUUCGAGAAACGGGUGUGUGACUUGCAGAGCCGCUCGUAUCAAAUGCGACGAGGCGCACCCGCUCUGUAAGCAGUGCGAACGCCGCGGCGUAGCAUGUGGCGGUUACAAAGUCAAGCUGAAGUGGGUUGAGGCCAGCGAUGUUAGCCCGGAUAGUCAGGCCUCGACCAAGAGUGUUGUCAAGCCCAGAAGCUCACUGGCGAUAUGCCCCUCAUCUAAGACGGCAAAGGCUAUUCAAUGCAAGAAGCUCGCGAACAGCUCGACUGCCUUAAUUCGAAAUCCAACAACAGGACCUCGUCUCCACUCUUCGUCGGAUGUAUUCAUCUUCACACAUUGGUCGAAGUCGUUACCCGAUUUGGUGUAUCCGAAUCCAGAGGAAUACGUGAGUGUGCGAGAGCCAUAUUUGGCCUUCGUCUGGCAGCAAGAUUCCAUCCUUCUACCGGCAGUUCUUGCUGCCGGCGCGUCACAUCUGUUCGCUCUGGGGGUUGUUACACAAGAAGAGGUUCUAGAAAGAAAACAACGAGCUCUGGGUCAAAUGGUGGCUUGUGUACAGCAACAGAAAAGAUUGUCGCCAACCAAGACUCAGCACAAAUUGCCGUUGUAUGUAAGCGAGGAAGCCAUCGCCGCGUCUCUAGCAUUGAUCGGCUUGGAGAUCAUGCAAGGAUCAGACACCUGCAUCAUUCGUCCUCUGAUCAGGGGCACAAGGGCCCAGCUUGAAGAACGAACGCUCCUGUUACAAGCGAUGAGCGGUUGUUCUCAACUUGAGAAGCCGACUCCCAUGAUGUCGGUUAACAUCAAAAUGCUGGCUUACAUGGACGCGGUGUGUUGCGUUCCCUGCGCGAGGAAGCCCGUGUUCGACCGUCAAUUUUGGCAAAGUAUGAUCCAACCCCAUUGCAACACGUAUGCGAAGCGGUACCCAGACAUCGUAUUCGGGUACACAACCGACAUACUACCGUUAAUGGGAGAGUCUGGCGCGUUGGUUGAGGAUUUCCUCAGCGGGGCGAUAACACCCGAGUCCUUCAGAGUUACCUGCAGCAGUACAACAGCCAUUUUGUGA